AGUUUGGAUGUCAGAUAAGAAAAGUCAGAAAUUAAACUGGAAGGAGUUAAUUAGUGCAGCUAACUCACAUGGCUACAAACUUGUAAAGGUGGAUUUGGAAAGGCCAUUGGAAGAACAGGGCCAGUUUGAUGUGUUCCUUCACAAACUGACUGAUAUCAUAGCUGCAGCUGAUCUAGGGGACCCUAAGGCAUCACUGACCAUUAGCAAUGUAGAACAAUAUUUAUCAAAUUAUCCAAGUAUUACGGUCAUCGAUCCAUUAGACAACGUCAGAAUUCUAUUGAACAGAUAUAAUUAUUAUUCAAUAUUACAAGACGAAUCUACAUUUAUUAGACAAGGGAUUUUUACACCAACAUUCGCAGAAUUUACAACUUCCAAUAUAAAAGCCAAUUUAGAAAUAAUGAGACAGAGAGGAGUCACAUUCCCGAUUAUAUGUAAACCAACUAUAGCUCAUGGCUCGAAGUCGGCUCACGAAAUGGUUUUGGUCUUUAAUGAGAGGGAUUUGAAUGUCUGCCGACCACCCUGUGUGGUCCAAAGUUUUGUUAAUCAUAAUGCAGUUCUACAUAAAGUAUUUCUUAUUGGAAAUAGAUAUCACAUAUGCGAAAGACCAAGCCUUAAAAACUUCUACGCAUCAAAAGACAUAGAACCAAUAUUUUACAGCACGGGAGAAGUGUGCAAAGCAGAUAGCCAGUCCACUCUAUCCAUAUUGGAUCCUCACGACGAGGCCGAUCUACAAAUGGCUUUAAACGAAGAAAAGAUAAAAAUAAUAAUUCGUGCAUUAAGAAAAAGGAUUGGACUAUUAUUAGCGGGAUUUGAUGUCGUCAUAGAUAAUGUGACAGGAAAUCAUGCGGUUAUAGACAUCAAUGUGUAUCCUAGUUAUGAUAACUUUCCAAAUUUCUUUGAAAAUCUUAUGAACUGCAUUGAUGAAACUGUGUGCAGGACCAAUAUAGUGAAUGGAGAUAGUGAAUUGUGCCAAGAAUACAUCAGCCAUAGAAUAAAUGGGUUGAUAAAUGUUGCAUUUACUGCCAACAAGCUUGGAGUUACUCAAGUUACUGGUAUGAAUAUAAAUUAGUUUGUUAACUGGACAUUAUUUGAGGUGACUCAGUCUAAACAGAAUAAUCCGUUCGAAUGAUCCUAUUGUCAAAGUUACAAGUUUAAAUUGUAAUAAUUGAAGGGUACACGGGAAGAACAUGUCACUUUUUUUUGGAAAAUGAGAUUUUAAUCUCAAAAUGUAGAGCCCUCAAUGAACUAUUAUAUAAUCUGUGCUAUUCGUUACAACUUCGGUUACCGCUGCAACGAUAAACACAGAAACACGACAACAAUAUGGUUAAUUACCUACAUGACGAACAUCGUUCCUUUCAAAUAAAUCAAAAUAUUGUCGCAGUGACUAGACAUGUUCUUUCCGUGUACCCUUCAAUUAUUCUUCGUUUUCUGUUAAUCAAAUUGUGCUCUCCGCAAACAAUCUCAUCACAAAUAUUAAUAAGUUUCAUUUCACCAGGAGUAACUCUUCUAGUUUGGGAAAUACAUAGUCUUAAAAAUGGGUGAGUGUCACUGAAAACCAAGUUGUUUAGUAUUUAAAAUAAACAAACAUGCGUUUUUAUUAUAUGUAAUUAUAUUAGUUAUAUCAUAUCUAAGCUCUUUCCAUAAUGAGCCAUCUACUAAUGAGCAAUCUAAACAUGUUAGUAUAACAAGGUUCAAUAAUUCUUCUAACAAACUGCUACUUUACCCCCUGGCGGAUGGAAAAGAAUAACAAGAAAUAUUUGAGCCACCCAAAUAUUUGAUUUGAUUUGUGUUAUGGUUUAAAUCAAAAUAAAACUAUGUCAGUCAGAAAGUAGAAACGAUCGUAGUCUGUGUAUCUAUUUUAUAAUAUUAUAAAACUAUUUUAUUUAAAACUAUAAGACUAAACAAAACAUUUAAUUAGAUAAAUUUGGAUUCAGGCUACAUAAACUUUAAAAUGGAUUUAGUAUUGUAAUGUGUCAAUACCAGGAAGUAUUAUGUUUAUUUGUAGGUGACAAA